GUGUUCAUUUCUUUUUCUGAAUGAGAAUGGAGACAGGGUCACCUCUUUCCCGCGUGAGCUCUUCUCUCUCAGUUUUCCAUAAUGCUAAUACACUUCCAUUUUCAAUGCGUUGCCCACUCGCAGAGAGAGUGGUGAAUACUACCGUUCUUCGCGUCGUCUCUUCUACUUCUGCGCCGGGGAGGAAGCAUAGUAAAGAGAGAACUCCGGGAGACAACUUGUCUAAAACUUCAAGUACUGGAGCUAAAACAGGUCGUCUACGGAGUGUCACUAGUGGAAGUCGAACAGGCCGAUUUAAUUUCGCCAGCAAUAAGGAGAAGCUAAAUUUGGAAGUAUCACCUCAUAGAGCUGUGUCUGCUGUGAGGUUGAUGCGCAUUCAGCUUGGUGGUGCAUUUGCUGACCUGUUGAAUGAGCAAGGCAAGGGUUCAGGGGAUAACGAGAUGGGAUACGUCGAGAGAACUCUUGGCUUCCGAACCCGUGAUUUGGAUGAUAGGGAUCUCCGACUGGUAACAGAAAUUGUGGGGGGUACUAUCCGAUGGAGAAGAUAUCUUGAUCAUUUGAUUCUUUCAUUGUGUCAUGAUGAGAACACUUUCAGAACCAUGGAACCUCUUCUAUUACAGAUUCUUCGAAUUGGUUUCUAUGAGAUCGCCAAGCUUGAAAUGCCUCCAUAUGCAGUUGUUGAUGAGAAUGUAAAGCUAGCAAAAGUUGCACUUCGACCUGGUGCUGGUAAUAUGGUCAAUGCGGUUUUGCGGAAGCUUGUUUUGCUUAAGGAAACUAGCUCACUCCCUUCACCUAAAGUGGAGGGUGAUGACCGCCAGCAAGCACGUGCUCUGGCUACGAUCCAUUCUCAUCCUGUUUGGAUGGUGAGACGAUGGACAAACUGCCUUGGUCUUGAAGAAGCUAUUAAGUUAAUGACAUGGAACAACUCUGAUCCUUGUUACAGUCUCAGAGCAAAUACAGCUAAAGGAUUCACAAGGGCUGAUCUAGUGACAGAACUUGAAAUGUUGAAGGUUCCAUAUGAACUUUCUCAGCACUUGGAUGAUUUUGUCCGAUUAAGAGCUGGGAUGCAGAUUGUCAUACAAGCUGGAUUGCUGAAAAAAGGUCUCUGUUCUGUCCAGGAUGAGAGUGCAGGAUUGGUGGUUACUGUUGUAGAUCCAAAACCUGGGGAGAUUAUUAUUGACUGUUGUGCUGCCCCAGGUGGAAAGACUCUAUUCAUGGCUUCAUGUCUGAAAGGUCAAGGUAGCAUAUAUGCGAUUGACGUAAACAAAGGCCGAUUGAGAAUCCUUAAAGAGACAGCCAAGUUGCAUGAAGUUAACAAUGUUGUCACUACUAUUCAUGCUGAUCUUCGUGCAUUUGCUGAAAAUAACUGCACAAAGGCUGACAAAGUUUUGCUCGAUGCCCCUUGUUCUGGACUGGGGGUUUUGUCCAAGAGAGCAGAUUUGCGUUGGAAUAGGACGCUGGAAGACAUCGAACAACUUACAAAUUUGCAAGAUGAGCUUCUUGAUUCAGCUUCCACCUUGGUGAGGCCUGGUGGAGUACUGAUUUAUAGCACCUGUUCCAUUGAUCCAAAGGAGAAUGAAGAAAGAAUUGCUGCUUUCCUCCUGAGACAUCCAGAAUUCUGCAUAGAUCCUGUCGACAAAUAUGUACCUUGCAAUUUUGUUACUGUAGAUGGACUCUACAGCUCUAAUCCUGUCAAACACUCACUUGAUGGAGCCUUUGCAGCUCGCCUUUUACGAUCUAGAUGAGUUACAAGUGAAUCUGUGCUAUUGAGCUGGCAUUAUUCCUAGAUGAAUAGUUAUCAUUUUGCACAUGCUUUUGUGAACGCAGUUCAUCAGAUAAUUGUUCAAGCAAGUUCUCAGGGAAGUGGUAUACUCUUCAGUCUCUUCAGGCCUCGACACUCAAGUUCAACAAGUCAUUUGUGUUUUCACGAAGUAAGUUCAACAAAAGGAGGCCUGUGGCACAAACUGCUUAAACAUAGAGAAUUUGGGGCGGGGGCUGGACAUAAUAAUAUUGUCACAAUCUUUAAGAAGAACCUUGGCUUGGGGUUGUAUGAUCGGACAAGAUACUGGCUAGCUGGUCCACAUGAACCUUAAAUAACAUGAGCUGGAGUAGCUUGAAGUGCACAAGAUCUUUUAAAUGGACCUUUGACCUUGGCCUGAAACCUGGAGACGGUUAUUGGUGUAAUAACUCCACCAUGUUUUCUUUUUUUCUACAGGGACGGGCUUUUUCAACCUUUAUGUCCAGUAUUCAGCAAACUCAGCAGCGCUUUGGUGUUUUAAAUGGUUUAAUGUAUUGAGACUUAGAACUUCCUGAGACUCUGCCCUUAAACUAUAUGCCACAGUUCUUCAUUUUCAAAUGAAAAUUCUUGAUUUAACA